AUGAUGCACCCUGUUGCCAGCAGUAAUACAGCUUUCUGUGGGACUGGCAAGAGUUCUUGCCUUAAUGAAGACAAUGUGAGAUCUGCUGAUCAGUUUGACUUGUAUGCCACACAGCAAAGUAAAUACAGCCACGCAGUCAGCCACAAACCAAUUGCAUGCCAGAGACAAGAUGCGUUGAAUGAGUCACACUUGCAGACCACAAGUGGCAGAAAUAUAGAGACAAAAGAUGAACUGAAGAAAAAGAAAAACCUCAACCGAUCUGGUAAACGUGGAAGGCCAUCAGGGACCACAAAAUCAGCAGGGUACCGAACCAGCACAGGUCGACCCCUGGGGACCACCAAAGCAGCUGGAUUUAAGACAAGUCCAGGCAGACCCUUGGGUACAACUAAAGCAGCGGGAUACAAAGUCAGCCCAGGCAGACCUCCAGGAAAAAAGCAGCAAGCCUUCAGGUGUUCCAGUGAUGCCUAACACAUAAUGAGCUGGACUUUAUGCUGUACUUUACAAUAGGUGUGUUGAAUUGUUUUUGGGGGACUUUGUAUGCACUGGCAACUAAGACAAUGAACCUCAACUAUACUGGAUGGCUCCUUAGUCAAUAUAUAAACUAAUGGCAGCUAAACUGCUACUAAAAUAUAGUUUCUCCAUGCUGAAGCUACGAAAUCCAGUUGUGUGUUCUGUUCCUCGAGAAACUCACAAGUAUGAAAUUUAGCAAUCUUUCUCAGAAUGAUGUGUAACUUCUGACACAUGCAAAAUGCUAACGUGAAUUAAUUCACCCUCAGGAUCUGUAGUGUAUUGGCUGUUUUUAAUCAGAUGAUUUUUCAACAAAGACUGCUUUAAGCUCUUUUCUGAACUCAGCUGGGAAAGCAGUGCUCUUCAGCUGAAUGUGAUAACUACAGGAGUGUCACACCUGGCUGGCAAGGAACGUGUUGCAUGUCACCACUGUACCUUGGAGAAACUCCGCUUCUUACCUCCUUCUGUUUAUCCCGUUUGCCCCUGUUUCAUUUCUCACUUGUGCAUCUACUCAAUGGUGCUGUGCUGUGUGUCAGGAGAUAAUGCAGAUGUAUUACUGUUCUGCUAGUAUAAUGAAUUUUGUAUUCAAGUAUGCUGAUGAAAUAAUGAAAUCAUCUAAGCAGUUUCUGUUCAUUACAGUGUUUAUUAAUUAUAUCAGAUAAAAUAGAAUCCCAGUAAAAACAAUUAACAUUGUCAGUUGUGAAACGAUGAACACAAAGUAGGAAAGCGCUCAGAGAGUCUGUAAAGGGCUGCUUGGCACCCUAGACUUAGCGAGGAGACCAGAAAUGCCCUGCAGGGUAUUUCCUGAUUCUGGUUUAUUUUAUAUUUGACUAUAGUUUACUGGUGCCAUGCUGUGAGGGGAAGAAAAAAAGAAGUUAAAGAUUCAAAGUGAAGUAUGAAUGGAAUUUUCAAAUACUUCUACUUUGCCUGUGUAUAAUCUACAGAAUACAUUGUGCUUUUUUUUUUUUUUAAAAACACACUUUUCAUGACAAACACUGAAACAGCAUGUUAUUGCCUGAACUUUGUUAUUACCAGUGGGAAAACUGACCUUUUCCUCCCCACAGUAUGAAAAGAUUACUUGUAAGGUAAAUUGCUUAUUUUAUAUUACGUAUCAUAAUUCAGCUCUUCAUAAGCUAGGAUCACUGUUGUGUAUUAACACUGUUCAGAAGAUGAUCUACAUGUCAAGUUUGUUUUUUAAUAAGUUCUUUUAAUUAUCGAGUUUCUAACAUGUCGUAUUUAUACAUAAAUGAAAUGUAUUAGCUUGCUAUUAUUCCUUAAUGAUGCUAUACAAGUUCACUGUUUAACAUACAUAUAGUAACUAUUCAAUUUCUGAUUAAAUUUACUUAAACUUUAAAACCAAAUAAUUUUGCUACUAUAAAGUCUUGCACUGGACAUAUUCAAAAUGCUAGCACCAUAUUUUAGCAGAAAAAAAUCAGAUACCAUCCGAAGUGGCUAACUCUGAUAGCAAAGGUAGUAUUUUUAAAAUCAGCAGUUAGCUUUGUCAUUAAAGAAAUGUUCUUUAUAUCUUGGAUUUAGUUUAAACUAAUCAAAGUAACUAUGUAUUAAGAGCCAUUAAAAGAUUUCUGUUCUGAGUGAAUAUAUUUUCAUUUUAUUUGAAAGAUCUUAGAGUUCAGUCAGGACAAAACCAAGCUUUGUCAGUGAAAAGUGAUGUGUCUGUGAAAAGAAUUACUUGCAACUACAAUAUGCAGAGUAAUUCAGAUCAGAAUUUAACCCUUCCCCCCAUUUUUGAAGAGCUUUAAAAGGCAGAGCAAUGUGAAGUCUUUUGUCUGAUGGUUUCAUUAGCUGCGACUCUGCUAUUCUUUGUCAUAUGUAUAAUAAAGUUUCAUGCUAUCCCUAGAGAUGACAGUUCAAACAGUUGAUCAUAGUCAUACUAUGAACUGCAGACUUCAUUUCUGACCACAAAAGACAUUUAUUCUUCUCUAUUUUAAUGCAUAUAUUUUAACACUGCUAAAAUAUAUUUAUGACUCUCGUAGAGACUAGACCUUGCUCCUUGUGAUUAUUUUUUUCAAAUAGGUAAAUCUAAAUCUGUAUUCUGAAAUUUGAACCACUUCCUGUUCUUUAAUCUUUCACCGUUUGCUUUUCCACAGGUUUACUUUGGGGGAAACAGUAAUCUGUUAAAUAACUAGUAUCAGCACCGUGUCCUCUGCUGUAAAAAGCCUGAUUAGAUACUGUGUAUGUUUUUAUGUCCAUGAACUUGAGCUACUCGUGUGCAAUUAUGUGUAUGGGAAUGGAGUAGUGUUCAUGAUCUGUAUUUACAUCAUCAUAUGGAUGUAUAUUUAUUAAUAAAGUUAAUACUUUAAAAUCUAA